AUGGCUCCAUCUAAACCCCCAAACCCUUCAUCUAAAGAGAUUUUGGAUGAAGCCAUUCAAAUCUCCACUCUCCAUAUCAAUAAUGCUUUGGCUGAAAAUCAAGAGCAAAUGGAUGUUAGGUUUGCACAAUUUUCAGCAGCAUUGGCACAACAAGUGGGUGAAAUACAUUCAAGGCUGGAUAAUGAAAAAGAUGAGGAAGAUUCUAGGUUUGAAUCCCUCAUGGCUGCCCUUGCUAAGAUUUCGGUACAGCCAUUAACUCUUGCUGCUGCUGUUGCUGCGCAGACUGCGAGUUCUUCGGGCAUGGAGGUAAAUUCUUCUACCAUUUCGUUCGGUUCCCCGCCUUUCACUCACGUGCUAACACCGUCUCACUCACCGCUGCGUUCAGCUACCACCCACCACCACCCAGCCACCCAAUCUGCUGUAUACACACCUACAGUUCUUACCACCGUUCCACCAUCCAUAUCCAAACCACACAUGAGCCCACCACCACCUGUUUCCACCGUCCUCACAGCACCCCCCCCCCCCCCACAACCACCUUUCACCAUGUACCCUUCCUACAUGCCACCCCAACUUGUUUUCAUUCCCCAUAAUCUCCCUAAUCCUUUUCCCCCACCUGACCCAUUUCAAAUUCCAUACCAUAAUAUACCCCCUUACCACCUAUGA